GGGCUGCUGGCCCGGCAGCUGCAGGAGCUGUGGCGGCGGUCGCGGGGCGGCCGGGCGCCGCCGCCGCUGCUCUUCGAGGUGUCCAGCGCCAGCGUGGUGAGCGAGCGCUCCUCCAAGUACGUGCUCUACACCAUCUACCUGAUCCGCUCGGGCCGCGCGGACAAGGCGCCCGCCGCCAUCACCCGGCGCUACUCGGACUUCGAGCGGCUCAACCGCCGCCUGCGGAGGCGCUUCGGCUGCGACAUGGCCGGCGUGGCCUUCCCCAGGAAGAGGCUGCGCCGCAACUUCACGGCCGAGACCAUCGCCAAGCGGAGCCGCGCCUUCGAGCAGUUCCUGUCGCACCUGCACUCCAUCGCCGAGAUCCGCCGCUCCGCCGAGUUCCUCGAGUUCUUCCUGCUGCAGGAGCUGCGCGCGGCGCAGCGCCUCACCUGCACCGGGCUGUACCGCGAGGCGCUGGCGGCCUGGGCCAACGCGGCGCGGCUGCAGGAGCGCCUGGGCGCCUGCCACUCGGGCCGCUUCCUGGUGACGCUGGCGGGGCUCGCCGUGUGCCACCAGGAGCUGGAGCAGCUGGGCGAGGCGCACGGCUGCUGCGAGCAGGCGCUGCAGCUGCUGGCGGCGCAGGACAGCCACCCGCUGCUGGCGCCCUUCCUGCAGGCGCACGUGCACCUCGCCUGGAAGGUGGGCAAGGACAAGCGGCGCUCGGAGGCCCGGCUGCAGGAGCUGCAGGACGCGGGGCUGCCGCCGCAGCCGCCCUCGCUCAAGGAGUGUUUGAUCAAGGAGGCUCUGGACUGAGCCCCGCUGCGCGGUGCCCACAGCA